AUGCAGGCGGCGACGGUGGAGAUGCUGGGAAAGUAUCAUCUGUGGUGGGGCGGGAACGGGCAGCGACUCGACUGGGCGAUGGUCAGGGGGCUCAGGAGCGGCAAGCACAUGUUCAACCGGAUCGAGGGGAACGUCGAAGUAUGCAGGAAGAACUCCCUCGCCUUGAACAUCGCGCGCACGUGCGGGGCCCCUCCGUGGCUGCCCGCGACGUGCGUCGUGAGCAAGGGAGGGGGCAACCAGGCAUGGGCGUCGAUGCAGGAGCGGUACGACAAGGCCGCCGCGAACGGACAAGGCCGCGUGUGGAUCGUCAAGCCCGGGGCCAUGAACCGCGGGCGCGGCAUAGAGCUGGCGGACAGCAUGGAGAAGAUCAAGGCGAUAGUCGCGAGCGGUCCGGCGGGGUCCACAUGGGUGGUGCAAAAGUACAUUGAGAGGCCGCUGUUGGUGGGGGGGCGGAAGUUCGACAUCCGGGCGUUCGCGCUGGUCACGCCGGACGGCGGCCUCAAGAUGUUCGAGGACGCGUACGUGCGGACGUCGAGUUCGGCGUACAACCUCGCCGAGCUCGGCGACUUGGCUGCGCACCUCACGAACGACGCUGUGCAGAAGUCGCACGGGACCUAUGGCGCGCACGAGGAUCAUAACAAGCUCUCCCUGGAGGAGCUGGACGAGAAGACGGGCGGCAGGCACAACAUCGUGCAUAAGUUCAAGACCGAGAUGCGGCAGAUCGUCGCCGACGUGUUCGGCGGCGUCGCGCAGAAGUUCAACACGUCGAACUUCCAGUGGACGUUCGAGCUCUUCGGCCUCGACUUCAUGUUGGACGAUCGCGGGCAGGUGUACCUGAUCGAGAUCAACACCAGCCCUGCGCUCUUCCUGCACGGAUCCAAGCUCACCAAGAUGCUCCCCCAGGUGAUUGAGGGCAUCGUGCAGUGCUGCGUGGAUCCAAAAUUCCCGCCGCCGCCCGGAUGGUCGGCCACGACAGUGCCCCCGGGACAACGAUUCACGGAUGUUCCUGGAAACGUGCGGAUCGGACGGCCCUCUGUCCGGGCGAGGUCGUUCGUCAAAACACCAUCGCGCUUGAAACAGCCGGCUGCUCAAAAUAACACACCGGGCGCGAACGGACAGCCAGGCGCUCCAGGCACUUGA